UUUAUUUAGAUUUUUAUAUAAACCCUCAUUCUCUACCCUCCAAGUCCCCAACCCUUCCCCAACCCAAUCAAACUCUUUUGAAGGAUUUAAUAAUCAUGAGUCUUAGUUGCCUAACAUGUGGUCAAAUUCUUCAAAGGGUUAAUUCUGAGAGAGAUGAUUAUUAUCUUCCUGAAAACAAUGCUUCUUUUAGAAAACCAUCUAGACAGGUUGAAAGAACUUGGUCCGGGAACAUAUCUCCACCACAAAAACUCGGCGGCGCCAUGGCCAAGAUCAAAGCGGAACAUCGUCGCGCCAAUAGCGCGAGCGACGCCGGGCCGAGGUUGGUGAGGAGCAGUGGAAUGAGAAGAGAUUGGAACUUUGAGGAUUUAAACGAUCAACAACAAGAGAAGCGAAUUAGAAUAUAUUGAGAUCCGAACGAUCUUCGUCAAAAUAACAAUGUGUGUUACUUUUUAUUGUACUUCUCUCCUAGGUUUAAGGUCGAUCAGAUAGUUAUCUAAAGUAUAUGUUGUUAUCUGAUCGACCUUUGACCUAGGAGGGCGUAGAUGUAUUUGUUAUUAAUGAUUCUUUUCAUGCAUUGUUUAAAUCUUUAUUAUUUCAUUUGUUGGGAAGGGUUGGGAGAUGUAAUGAGUGGGGGAAGUGGGGAUUGGAUAUUCAUUACAAAUUGGAGUUUAAAGCGCAUAUCAAAUUAUGGUAAAGUGCUUUUUUUCCUCUCCAUAGUAAUGCAUGUUUCAAACAUUUGUUAUUAAAAUGAUCUCUUCAUUCUUUUAAUCUUCUA